AUGCCUACGCUCGUCCCCCUUGACAACAUCUUGGGCGCGCAAUUUAUAGGUAUAAUACUCUCAACUAUACUUUAUGGCGUUACAUGUCUGCAGGCAUACUUGUACUAUACGCAAUACAGCAAAGGCGAUAGCCUGCGGCUGAAGCUCUUUGUUGCUCUCGUUGUCGCCUUGGAUACUUUGCAUGUCGCGCUAAUAUCGACCGCGUACUAUUACUAUACGGUGACAAACUUUGGGGACUAUGUCGCGCUUCAAAGAGUGACUUGGAGUAUUGCGGACAAACAAAGCUAUCACUCUCCUGAUGACCUAUGCAUUCAGCACAUGUAUCUCGCCUUGAUCCUCAGCUUUGUCUGUGUCAUCACCUGGGUCACACUGGGCGAAGGCUUGAUAUACGUCAUAUUCUAUUGGAUGCUGAUUCGAAUCUAUCCAUGCUCCUUCCUAUCGACCUUGAACUCUCGGGAGACUGUAAGACGCGCUUUCCAGGAAGACAUUUCAGCCCGCGAGCUCAGCAGCCUUGACACGCAAGUUGACACUCCUGACAAGGACAAGGACCCUGCCGAAGUGGCCCGCUUGAGACGGUCGUCGGACCGUGCUUUUGGCCCCUUAACUCCCAACACCCCGCUUCCUGUGUACCGCCUAGCAGAAGACGGUCGGAACUCGGGUCGUGUCAUAGCGUCCGCCACGAGUGCCGUAGUGUAG